CACUCCGUCCUCAUUCCUGCAGCCCUGCGUCCACAUUCUCCUCCGCAGCACUAACCCCAAGUCUGCGCUGCGUGUGGUGAUGCAUCAUGGAAGAUUUAGACGCCCUUCUUGCUGACCUGCAGGUGUCGUCCACUCAUUGCCCAGUUUUGUUGACAGAUUCUCUUGAAAAGCCUGAGACCUGUGAGCAGCGCCCGCCUCCGCCACCGUAUGACCCUCAGGCAUCAAUGUCUUAUACAAACUCGGACCAGAAGAACUUUCCUGCCGACAAGAAUCACCUGUACAGCACAGUGAAGAAGAUUUCCCCAAUAUCACCGAGUGUCGGGGGCGGAUUGUGCGAGUUGGAUCGCUUGCUAAAUGAGCUAAAUGCCACCCAGUUCAACAUCACUGAUGAGAUCAUGUCCCAGUUUCCUCCUCGGGAUAAAGAUUUGACAGCGAGACCAGAGGAGAGAAGGGUUUUAUCUGCGUCCUCUGCCACCAUGGAGCUGGAUAGACUGAUGGCGUCACUGUCCGACUUCCACAAGCAGAACACG